AUGGUACUUUUUAUCAGUUAGUGUCCAUACCUUUACCAUAAAAACAACUUUACCAUGGUACUUUAUAGUUAGUGCCCACACCUUUACCAUAAAAACAACUUUACCAUGGUACUUUUCAGUUAGUGUCCAUAGCUUUACCAUGCUAGUUUUUGGCUCGUGUGCGUGUGGAGCAGCGUUUACCCUCGGUGUGCAGACUCCCGCAGCCGCAGGACAGUGAGGGCAGAGCCCGUGUCGCGGUGAGCAGCCUCGGCCUGGAGCCGGACGCCGCUCCGCUGCUGCUGAGGCUCCAGAGGGACCUGCUGAAGGUUCUGCUGCGGGGAGGCGCGCUGAUGGACAGCCGGGCUGCGAGCUGAACCGCGCGGCUCACAGACUUCAGCAUGACGGCGAGCGAGUUCGGUUGAGCUCAGAGCUGCUGGACGCGGAUCGCACUGACGGACACACGUGGGGAAGGACACCGUGACCUCAGCACUCUACACCGGAAGCGGAAAUGAGAUAAAAGUCCUGCACGCUGUCAACAACAUAAACACGUGGCUUCAGUAACUUCAAGCUGAUCGUUAAUACAAAUCGUUUUUUCUGUUUGUUUGCUUGUUGAUCUCCUAGAUCCGUUAUGCAGCUUUGUGGCGUAUGUAGCGAGCAUGUUCCUAAAUACAGAUGUCCAGCCUGCAGAAUCAGAUAUUGUUCAGUGAGUUGCUUUAAAAGACACAAAGAUGAUGAUUCAUGCCAUCCAGUUAAAGAAUCUGAUUCAGCCUCCAGCAGCUCAACACCAGUGAGCAGCGCUGAACAGCCGUGGACUGUCGAGGAUGUUCUUGAUGAAGACAGUCAGACUGACAAAGUGCCAUUACACAAACUUCAGCAGCUGGCUGAUUCAGAGGCAUUGAAGGGUCUGUUGAGGAAUCCUCAUCUCCGCCGGUUAAUGAUGUCCGUGGACUCGGCUGAAGAUAAAGCCAAAGCCACGAAAGACGCCAUGCAGGAGCCGCUGUUCGUGGAGUUCGCUGAUCAGUGCUUAAAAAUGAUUGAACCGACGGAAGCAGAGAAUGACGAUGAUGAAUUCUGAUUGGAUCGCACUGUCACACAUGGACCGAUUCCUAACACAAGUGCAUCAGGUUUUUACACAAAUGUUAAUGCAAUCAUGUAAAAUUCUAUACUAAACCAAGGUCUUUUGAAUGCCAACAAUGUCUUAAAGGAAUAGCUCGCCCCAAAAUGAAAAAUGUACUCGCCCUCAGGCCAUCCAAGAUGUAGA